AUGCCCAUCGACAGACCCAACCAGAACAAUCCACGCCCACUGAAGCCCACGCUCGCUAGUAACCGCACCGCGAAGACACCAUUGACCCCUCGCCUGGCAGUCGCCUCCUCUGCCUCGUCCACGGUCAGCUCUCAGAGCACCCGCACCGUCCGCAGCACCAAUGCCGCCGCCCCGCGAGCCCCUGUUGCCACGCAGGACAGCGUCACGCCCGCCAAAGCAUUCUUGAACAGCAACAUCACCCCCCGCUCCUCGUCGAGAAAGUCACGGGUGGGCGUCGACAUCACUUCGCCCAACGACUCCCCAAAUGGCACACCAAGCAACUCUCGACCAACGUCGUCGAUAGAUACAUACAAAGACCAGGGUGCAGGCCAUCAGGGGCUUGUAGUUGGUGGAAACAGUGGAGCCCAACAUGUAGCCCGACCACGCAGUAUACCUGGGCAGCAUGUCCUCUCGACACCAAGUCCACGACUUGCAGGUAACGGUUACAACCACACAUCGUCCGAAGGCCUGGGUCGAGACACGUCGUCUUUAUUCUUCCACGCCAAUGACGCCAAACCGUCUGCCCCAGAGCCACAAGCGAACCAAAAGAAGACCCCCGUCUUCUUCUACGCAAAUGGCGAACAGGACGAAGCACCGCGGAAGCAGAGUGCCUUGUCUCCACCGCUAUCUUCGGUAGGAAGACCACAAUCUGAAAGCAAAUUCUUCCAUGCCGACUCCUUAGUUGAGGCCAAGGACCGUCCGCCCAUCCUUACUCCACCACCUAGGACAGCAUCACCAGAGCUUUUGCCACCGCACAAUGUUGCAUCUGGUCCUCGUGCGCCAUCGCCGACGAAAGAAUGGUCGCACCUCUCCUACCGCAAAGGGGCGUCCCAGAUCAUUCGACCUACUUUGGUCACACGUAGCUCGGGGCUAUCGAAUUUGACCGGUCCUGGUACCUCAGAUGUACCUGACAGAGCCCGACGGAGGUCCAGUGUUGCAUCGACUGUGAUAAGGCAAGGCCAUCACAAAAGUGCCAGCUUGUCUUCAAUCGAGGCUGUGACCGAGCUUAGAAAGCCCCCUCACGAACCGUCGAUCAUGACGCCCAGUCCACUGCACACCGAAAACCGCCAGUUCAGUAACGUCUCGAUCCCAGAAAGCUUGGCUUCUGCCCCCUCGCCUCUAGUGAACUCGUUCUCUGGGUUACCGUCUCCAACACCACUCAGUCCCAUAGGGCCUGAAGCUCAGAGUGUACUGGAGCACAUGAAUGAACUUGCGGCUCAUGCUAGACGAGAGAGAAAGGUACUUGAUCUCGAGAUCAGUAACUCCUCGCUACUGGCCAUAAACCGCUCACUAGAGAAAGAGGUCCGGAAGCAAAAGGCUGAGUUGAGACGCUUACGACGUAUGAGCCGUGCUGGUCUUCCCUCGCUCGAUGCAGUUGGCUCAGCCCUCGAAACAUUUUCUGCCACGGCUGGCCACACAGCAGACCUUUCCGACAUGUCUGAAGAGGAGGAAGAAGCUGAAGAGCCGGACGAAAGCAGUGAUUCCUCCCCAGAUGAGAGUACGGUUGAUGCUGUUGUGCAAUCAGAGCGUGAAGAGUCUCAACGGUUACGGGACGAGAAGCGCCUACAGCUGGAUCUUUCAAAACAUCAAGAGCUCCUCCUGGACAGUCAAAAGAUGAACCAAAGCCUCAAGAAGUGCCUUGGCUGGACGGAACAGCUGAUCAAGGAUGGGCAGAAAGCACUCGACUACAAGGUGCACGCCAGCGAUGUCAAUCUAGGUGGACGGGUAUUGAUCCACGAGGAUGACCAAGACGCCCCACCGCCUGGGGAGUCUAGAAGUCUUCUCAGUCCAUGGAGUCCUCUCCACACCACUAUGGACGCCUUGGACUCGCCCUUUUUCCCCCAUGUCGAUCGCCAUGUCGAUCGCGACAGCGGUGUAGACAUCGAUGUUCAUGUGGCGUCCGAGACAGACCCUGAUGGCGCACGUGCUCCCACCCCACCCAACGAAGGCAAGGACCCUGUCCCUGAGUUCCGCCCACGUGUGCCUGGCCGAUGGGAGUCGUACAACGCCACCCUAGCCCCGAGUAACGAGCAAGAUCAAGACAAGAGUCAAACCCUGCAGCCCAUUAUGGAUGUCGCCCCGCUCGGAUCGCCGUUUGAAGAGCGCAUCCGCCACCUUCACGCCUCGAUUGAUGCGCUCGAGGCAUCUUAG